AUGAACCGGACUGCAGAAGAGACGGAGCAGAGGAUCCGGCAUGUAUCCGGAUCAUUUCCCAUGGAUUCAUUCGGGUUAAUGGACUAUUACUUCCCUCAGCAACUCUUCACCGUCGAAAAAACCUGGUUCAAUCUCACAUCUGCUCUUUUUUCUUUCUUUUCUUCUCCCCAAGGCCAAACCAUCGCUUCUCAGGUGAAAAAUGAGUAUGGAAACUAUGUAUUGCCAAUUGAUUUUCAGAAGCUCAAAAAUAUUUGUCGUGUUGAGGAAUUUUAUGAAAUGUUAUCGGACAAACCUAAAAUUGCUCUUUUAUGCAUGAGUGCUGCUGUUCACAAGGCUUUGCUUUCUAAAUGGGAGAGUGACAAGAUGGAGCUUUCUGCCAAAGUAGACAUCCGUCUUCAUAACUGUCCUGAAACCAUGAUCGCGUUGAAGAACUUAAAAGCAGCUUACAUUGACAAGCUUGUCUCAGUGCGUGGUACCGCUGUGAAAGCCAGCACCGUUAGGCCUCUUGUGGUAGAGAUGAGUUUUGAAUGUAGUAAGUGCAAACAAAGUAUUACGCGUAUAUUUCCCGAUGGAAAAUUCUCACCACCGUCAACUUGCAAUUUGAAUGGAUGCAAAAGCAAAAUCUUCAAUCCAUUGCGAUCUACUGCUCAGACUAUUGAUUUUCAGAAAAUAAGGGUUCAAGAAUUAUUAAAACAUGAAGAUCAUGAGGAAGGACGAGUGCCUCGAACAGUGGAAUGUGAGCUUACUCAAGAUCUUGUUGAUUCAUGCAUUCCUGGAGAUGUGGUGACGGUUACUGGAAUUAUCAGAGGAAUUAACAAUUACAUGGAUAUUGGAGGAGGGAAGUCAAAGAACAAAAACCAAGGAUUUUACUAUUUGUAUCUGGAAGCUGUAUCCAUUAUGAAUUCAAAGUCACAGUCCAUACCUGAUGAUUCGCAAGACUCUAAUGCCAAAGCUAGACCAACUGAGCUGUUUGAUUUGUUUUCAUUUUCAUCGAAGGAUUUAGAAUUUGUUGUGAAAUUUGCAGAGGAACAUGGUUCAGAUUUAUUUCGGCAAAUCCUUCACUCUAUAUGCCCUUCCAUCUAUGGGCACGAGCUUGUUAAAGCUGGGAUAACUCUAUCAUUAUUUGGUGGUGUGCGAAAGCAUUCGAUGGAUCAGAAUAAGGUACCUGUGAGGGGAGAUAUUCAUGUCAUAAUUGUAGGCGACCCUGGUCUAGGUAAGAGCCAGUUGUUACAAGCAGCAGCAGCUGUUUCUCCACGUGGUAUCUAUGUCUGUGGUAACGCAACAACCAAAGCUGGUCUCACAGUAGCUGUAGUGAAGGAUCCUAUGACAAAUGACUAUGCUUUUGAGGCAGGUGCUAUGGUGCUGGCUGACAGUGGAUUGUGCUGUAUUGACGAGUUUGAUAAAAUGACUUCAGAGCAUCAGGCUUUACUGGAGGCAAUGGAGCAACAGUGUGUCUCUAUUGCAAAGGCGGGAUUGGUAGCAAGUUUGUCAUCCCGGACUUCUGUCUUAGCCGCUGCUAACCCUGUUGGUGGUCAUUAUAACCGGGCAAAAACUGUAAAUGAAAAUUUAAAAAUGAGUGCUGCACUGUUGUCCCGUUUUGAUUUAAUUUUCAUAUUGCUGGACAAGCCUGAUGAACUUUUGGACAAACGAGUCUCGGAGCACAUUAUGUCACUUCAUACUGGGUUCGGCCAACACUCACAGGCAUCUAAAAAGCGACGCGGAGAUCCACCUUCUGAUUCAAGAGCUUCCGCAUCACAGAAUGCUGAAGGGGUAGAUUUGGCCCAUUUGGGUGCUAGAUCUGGUUCUUUAAUUUCAAAGUUGAAACUUGACAGACGAAGAGACAAUGAUUUUGUUCCAUUACCCGGUCAACUUCUUCGCAAAUACAUUGCUUAUGCAAGAAGUUUUGUCUUUCCUAGGAUGUCCAAGCCAGCAGCAGACAUCAUACAAAAGUUUUAUCUAAAACUUAGAGAUCAUAACAUUUCGGCUGAUGGUACUCCUAUAACAGCAAGGCAGUUGGAAAGUCUAGUAAGGUUAGCUGAAGCUCGUGCUCGGCUGGACUUGAGAGUAGAAAUAACUACCCAGGAUGCAAUGGAUGCUGUUGAAAUCAUGAAGGAAUCCCUGUAUGAUAAAUAUGUUGACGAGCACGGUGUUGUGGAUUUUGGUCGAAGUGGAGGGAUGAGUCAACAGAAAGAAGCAAAACGUUUUCUAAAUGCCCUUAAUAAGCAAUCGGAGCUGGAACAGAAAGAUAUAUUCUCAGUAUCUGAAAUGUACAGUCUGGCAGAUAGAAUUUCCUUGAAAGUACCUGAUACGGAUACUUUCAUCGAUAAUUUAAACAGCGUUGGUUAUCUACUUAAAAAGGGACUAAAGACAUACCAGGUGGUAUCCUCUUCUUACUCGCGGAGCCAAUCCACUAGGUCAAGGUGUUAA